UUUCAUAAGAUGUCCUUAAAAGUUCUUGUGGUGGGUGGAGGUGGCCGUGAACACGCGUUAUCAUGGAAACUUGCACAGUCAUCAGAGGUCAAGGCAGUUUAUGUUGCCCCGGGAAACGCUGGAACCGCAAAAUGUGGAAAAAUUGAUAAUGUUGAGGUAAAUGUGAAGGACUUUGAUGAAGUAAGUAAGUGGUGUAAAGACAAUGAAGUAUCUAUGGUAGUUGUUGGCCCGGAGGACCCGCUAGCUGCCGGGAUCUCUGAUCAUCUUACUGAUGAAGGUAUAAUGUGUUUUGGACCAAACCAAAAAGCAUCUCAGAUAGAGUCCAGUAAAGAGUUUUCAAAGAAUUUCAUGAAAAGGCACAAUAUUCCUACAGCUAGAUUUGCCUGUUUCACAAAUACAGAAGAUGCUAUAAACUAUAUAGAGAGCGCAGACUUUCCGGCUUUGGUUGUGAAAGCAUCCGGGUUGGCUGGUGGGAAGGGCGUUGUCAUUGCAACCAAUAAGAAAGAGGCAUGCCAAGCUGUUAGAGAAUGUUUACAGGAGAAGAAAUUUGGUGGAGCCGGUGACACAGUUGUUGUUGAGGAGUUGUUACAAGGUGAAGAAGUCUCUAUUCUGGCAUUUAGUGAUGGCACAACAGUGUCUUUGAUGCCAGCAGCUCAGGACCACAAGCGUCUCCUUGACAGAGAUGAGGGGCCAAACACAGGUGGAAUGGGGGCUGUAUGCCCAUAUCCUAAGGUUGGAUUUUCAGAUUUGAAAAGAAUAAGGGAAGAUAUUAUGCAGAAAACUAUUGAUGGUCUCAGAGAAGAGGGUAUACCAUAUGUUGGUGUGUUGUAUGCUGGACUGAUGAUGACAGAUGAUGGUCCAAAAGUUCUAGAGUACAAUUGUAGGUUUGGAGACCCAGAGACACAGUCCAUUCUUCCAUUGAUGAAGACAGACUUGUAUACGACAUGUGAGGCCUGUGUUAAAGGUACCCUCAGUGAUAAUCUACCAGAGUAUGACCUCAGUAAGAAAGUACUGGGUGUCGUUCUGGUCAGUGGUGGCUACCCAGGUUCAUAUAAGAAGGGAUGUACUAUCACAGGAAUAGAAGAAGCAGAAAAUCUUGGUAUAACUGUAUUCCAUGCUGGCACUAGUAUGAAAGAUGACUCGUUGGUAACGAGUGGGGGUCGUGUACUUGCCCUGAUGGCGAUGGAGUCAAACUUUGAAACAGCGGCAUCAGUGGCACAGAAAGGAGCUGAAAUGAUCAAGUUUGAUGGAGUGUAUCAUAGGAAAGAUAUAGGAUUUAGGGUUGUUAGUAGGUCAUUACAUACACCACCAUUAAGUUAUAAGGAUGCAGGUGUAGAUAUUGCUGCUGGUAACAAUCUUGUACAAGCUAUAAAACCUCUAGCUGCCUCAUCUACAAGAUCUGGUUGUAUGGCAGCCCUUGGAUCAUUUGGUGCCCUCUUUGACCUCAAGGCUGCAGGCUUUCAAGAUCCUAUACUGGUGUCUGGCACAGAUGGUGUGGGAACCAAACUUAAGAUUGCUCAGGCUAUUGAGCAUCAUAAAUCUAUUGGAAUUGACCUAGUAGCUAUGUGUGUUAAUGACAUACUGGCCCAUGGAGCAGAGCCUCUCUAUUUCCUGGAUUAUUACGCCACAGGGCGGUUGAAGGUAAAUGUGGCAAGGGAUGUUAUAGAAGGUAUCACAGAGGGAUGUAAACAGGCUGGAUGUGCUCUUGUCGGUGGAGAAACAGCUGAGAUGCCUGGUAUGUACCAGCAAGGUGACUAUGAUAUAGCCGGGUUUGCUGUCGGUGCCGUAGAGCGUAACAAGAUACUUCCCCGUGUUCAGAACAUACGUGAAGGUGAUGCCCUGAUUGGACUGGGAUCCAGCGGUCUCCAUAGUAACGGGUUUAGUUUAGUUAGAAAACUUGUAGAGAAGUUGGAGCUGAGAUAUGAUAAACCUUCGCCGUUCAAGACUGGAAACAGUCUAGGUGAUGACCUUUUAACCCCAACCAGAAUUUAUGUUGACGCUGUUCUCCCAUUGAUGAAGACCGGGGACGUGAAAGCUUUCGCUCACAUUACUGGAGGAGGGCUAGUGGAGAAUAUUCCAAGAAUCCUCCCAGAUGGUCACAGGGUCAGGUUGGAUGCCAGUAAAUGGAACAUGCCCCCAGUCUUUGGCUGGCUGUCAGAAAAGGGAAAUAUACCAGAAUCUGAGAUGGCAAAGACAUUUAACUGUGGUAUUGGUGCAGUACUUAUAGUGGACCAUUCACUAGCCAAUCAGAUUGUAGAACAGCUCUCUACUGGUGGUGAGACAGCUGCAGUGAUUGGUUCUGUAGAGAAACAAACAGGAGAGCGUAGAGUGAUCAUAGAGAAGUUACAGACAGCUCUGAUACAGUGCUGGAGACAUGUGCCUGGCGUUAGCAGGAAGAAAAGAGUUGGUGUGCUUAUCUCUGGAUCUGGUACUAAUCUGCAGGCAUUGAUUGACUUCACUCGAGAUCCCUCUAACUUCAGUGCAGCGGAAAUAGUUCUUGUUAUCUCUAACAAACCAGAUGCUCAAGGUCUUAACAGAGCAGAAAAAGCUGGCAUUGCUACAAAGGUGAUCAGUCAUAAGAAUUAUGGAAGUAGAGAAGAUUUUGAUGAGGCUUUACAUCAUAGUCUGAUAGCUGCUGGAGUAGAGAUAAUAUGUCUAGCUGGCUUCAUGCGGAUACUCUCUGGUGGUUUUGUGAAGAAAUGGUCAGGUAAAAUGCUAAAUGUACACCCAUCUUUGCUGCCGUCCUUUAAAGGCCAUGAUGCUCAUUGGCAAGUGUUGAAGUCUGGUGUUCGAAUUUCUGGCUGCUCUGUUCAUUUUGUAGCUGAAGAAGUGGAUGCAGGUGCGAUCCUGGUGCAGGAGUCUGUGCCGGUUUACCACGACGACACAGAGGACACAUUGAGUGAGCGUAUCAAGCAGAAGGAGCACAAAGCCUACCCUAAAGCACUGGAAAUGGUGGCCAGUGAGCAAGUUAAACUCAAACCUGAUGGCCGUAUUGAAUGGUGCUACUGAUUGUAUGUUAGCAUGUGACAGUACUGUGUGAAAAAUGUGCUAAUUUUAUGAUAUUAUUGAUGCUUAUUUUGUUAUCCUAGUUUCUCUUGUAGAGAUUGAAAAUAAGACAUGCUUUAGUCAAAAGUAAGCCAACAGUUUCAAUUUGUUAGGACAAGAAUAAUUUUAUUUUUUAAAUGAAUUUGUUGACGUGGCAGAAUUAAUUCUGUACAAACUAACGAAAGUUGUUGGCCUAAUGCUAAAUGUAGUUUAAAUAUGACAAAUUGACUUUUUGGUUAGGUGCUAAAUGGUUGUAUUUCCAUAAUUUAUAUUUCAUAUGAUUUGCAAUAACUUUAUUCAUAGCAUCAAAUGAUUAUUUCUGUAAAUAAUGUGUUUGUUUCAAAUGAACAUAUUUCAUUUUGAUGUCUCUUAUAUAUAAACAUUGUUUAAUAUACAUGUAUUUGUCAAUCAAAUAUUCCAUGCAGAUAUUUUUUUUUCAACAUUAACAUGUGUUUUGAAACUGCUGAAAAACAUAUUUGUCUGUUUGUCAUAUACGUGGUUUAAUUUGUUGGACCAAAUUUUUGUCUCUUUCAAUGUGAUCUCUUCAUAAUAAAGGGGAACAUUUGAACAGUUAUCAUUUUUCAAAAAUGAUUUAUUUUAUACUUAUGUCACAUAUAGAAUGAGUGCCAUAAAGCAGUCUUAAUCCAGAUGUGUGCAAUUUUGUAGGCAGUCUUGGGGCUGCCAAGUGGAUAAAAUCAAUGACUUCUAACCAAUUGACUGUCAGGGCUGUGUGUUCAAAUCCUGCCAGGAACUUUUUAUUCUUUCAUUUGAGAAAGUUAUCCAGAUAGAUUACAGAACUUCGGUGGUUCUACUCAGGUGCUCGUUUGUGUCUGAAAUAA